AUGAGACGGCAAGUACUGCUGUUUAUUUCAUUUCUCUCUCUCAGUUCAGUCCUCGGUCAGGUCAGCUACUCAGUCCCCGAGGAAAUGGAGAAAGGCUCUUUGGUUGGUAAUAUAGCUCAGGAUUUAGGUUUAGACGUCAAACGAUUGAGGCUGGGUAAUGCUCGUGUAUAUUCUGGUGAUAGCAAGGAAUACAUCGACCUGAACAGCCAAAGAGGAGUCCUCCUUAUCAAAGAAAAAAUAGACCGAGAGGCGUUAUGUGGCGAUACAAUGCCGUGCGCGGUGCAUUUUCAGAUUGUGUUGGAGAAUCCGAUGGAGUUUUACAGCGUAACAGUUGAAAUUACAGAUAUUAACGACAAUGCACCAACAUUUGAAAAAAAUGAAAUGAAAUUCACAAUUAGCGAGUCUGCAGCUGUUGGGGCAAAAUUUGAUUUAGAAAGAGCCGUGGAUCUGGAUGUAAGUAUUAAUACUCUCCAAAGUUACGUACUUAAACCGACUGAUAAUUUUUUACUUAAACUGCACAGUCAAACAGAUGGUACGAAGAAUGUUGAAAUGGUGCUACAAAAACCUCUCGACAGAGAGAAAAAUGAGUUUAUUUCUUUGGUGUUAACGGCUGUAGAUGGAGGAGAGCCACAGAUGUCAGGAGCAAUGCAGAUUCUCAUCACAGUAUUAGAUGCCAACGAUAAUGCACCUGUUUUUACACAGCCGAUAUACAAAGGGACUAUAGAUGAAAAUGCAUUAAAAGGCACGACCGUGACUACUGUUAGUGCAUCCGAUGCUGAUCAAGGUUUAAAUGGUAAAAUAAUGUAUUCAAUCACCAAUACAUUAGAUGACGUCAGACAUAUGUUUGAAGUAGACGAGGAAAACGGCGAGGUUAGGUUGAUUGGACGUUUGGAUUAUGAAAAGAAAAAACAUUUUCAGAUCAAUGUCCGCGCAAGGGAUAACGGGGGACUAACAGAUUCUUGUAAAGUGAUUGUCGAUGUCGUAGAUAUAAAUGACAAUGAACCAGCGAUUAAAAUAAUGUCUAAGUCAGCUGUUAUAUCAGAGAGUGCAAACCCCAACACAGUCGUUACAAUGAUUAACAUCCAAGACCCAGACUCAGGCGAAAACGGUAAAGUUCAGUGUUUUAUAAGUGAUAGUAUUCCCUUCGUAUUGAAAUCGUCAUCAAAUAAUUUCUAUAGCCUCGUGACAGACAGUGAUCUGGACAGAGAGAGAUCCUCUGAGUAUAAUAUAACUGUGACCUGCUCUGAUGAGGGAGUGCCUUCCCUCUCCAGCAGCGUCACUCUCACCUUACAGAUCUCUGAUGUAAAUGAUAACGCACCUGUCUUUGAGAGGAGCUCAUAUGAGGCCUACAUUGUAGAAAACAACACACCAGGCCUCUCUAUAUUCACAGUGAAAGCCAGAGACGCUGACUGGAACCAGAAUGCCCGUGUUUCUUACAUACUGGAGGACUCCUCUGUUAACGGAGUGCCAGUCUCCUCAUAUGUGUCCGUUAGUGCUGAUAGUGGAGUCAUCCAUGCAGUUCGCUCUUUUGACUACGAGCAGAUCAAAGAUUUCCAUUUCCGCGUCAAAGCGCAGGAUGGAGGCUCUCCUCCACUUAGUAGUAAUGUGACUGUGAAAAUGAUGAUCCAGGACCAGAAUGACAACCCGCCUCAGGUUCUGUACCCAGUCCAGACAGGUGGAUCUGUGGUGGCUGAAAUGGUUCCUCGUUCAGCAGAUGUGGGCUAUCUGGUGACUAAAGUGGUGGCUGUGGAUGUGGACUCUGGACAGAAUGCCUGGCUCUCCUAUAAACUGCAGAAAGCCACAGACAGGGCGCUGUUUGAGGUGGGCUUACAGAAUGGAGAAAUAAGAACUAUCCGCCAGGUGACUGAUAAAGAUGCUGUGAAACAAAGACUGACUGUUAUAGUGGAGGACAACGGGCAGCCCUCUCGUUCAGCUACAGUCAUUGUUAACGUGGCGGUGGCGGACAGCUUCCCUGAAGUGCUGUCAGAGUUCACUGACUUUACACACGACAAGGAGUACAAUGACAACCUGACUUUUUAUUUAGUGUUGGCUCUGGCUGUAGUUUCCUUCCUCUUCAUCACGUGUUUAGUGGUUAUUAUAUCAGUGAAAAUCUACAGAUGGAGACAGUCUUGCAUCCUGUAUCACUCCAAUCUCCCUGUGAUUCCAUAUUAUCCACCACGUUACUCAGACACUUUGGGGACAGGGACUCUCCAACACGUGUACAAUUACGAGGUGUGCAGGACGACAGACUCCAGAAAGAGUGACUGUAAGUUCGGCAGAGCUGGUAGUCAAAACGUGCUGAUAAUGGACCCCAGUUCUACAGGGACGAUGCAGCGGAUACAGAGUGAAAAGAGCAUCCUGGAUGAACCAGACUCUCCUCUAGAGGUUGGUUAUUUGGGGUUUAUUUCAGUUGUAAAAUAA